AUGUCUUCCAGUUCCAGCUCUGAGGACGAGGAAUUCUCGGUCAUCUCCCUCCUCGACAGCCUGGGUACCCUGCCUGCCCGAAAGAAACCCAAACUCGUUGUGCCUGCGCCAAAACCUGCAGUGGAUAGCCUCCCUUCCUCCACCUCGGACACUUCUGAAUUUGAUCUUCAGCUUCCAGCCAUCUUCCAGCACGAUGCCAUGAGGAACGAGCAGCUCCACCGUAUGGAGAAGGAUCUCCAGCGACAGAUCCGGGAUGAAGAGACCAAGACACGCAACGACUAUCUCCAGUUGAUGGCCACGAAGACGCAGUUGGUUCAAGAGCUCAAUGACAAUGGCUCAUUGAACACGAAAAUACAUACGCUUGAACGGGACCAGCUCCUCAUAGAGAAGCUCAUCAAGGACUCCCAGCAAAAAUCUGCCUGGGACGAUCCAAACAGGCACUUCUACUUUUUCUCCACAGUUCACACAAUUGACCUAACUUGUGAUUUCCACUUCAAAAUCAACCGGGCCUUCUUUCAAGAGCUUUCCAAGGGAAAGAAAAGCAAGCUUUAUCAUCAAUUGACCGGAAAUCUACCCCAAUUUGUUAACUACGUCUUGAACAACGUCACUCACUUCGAUGAGCUUGAUCAGGUUAAUCGAUUUCUCGAGGGCCAAAUUAAGGAUAUCCUAUUGCCUGGAGUCCUGCACAACUCCCUCAAAGACCAUCUUAAAGCAAUUGGUGCAAAUCUGGACUAUCUCAGUCCCCGUAAGGAUAAGAAUGGCAUACCCUUAAAGUUGAGUCAAUUCAAUAAUCACACCAGAUUAUCUCUAUCGAAGGCAGCGAUUGUUCUCAACUACCACUUGAGCUUAAAACCAGGAUGGUCUCACUACGACCAAAUACUCGAAGCGUUCAUGUUGAUUCUAUGCGACUUCAACGCCAACAAACAUGAGUUUAACCACUUGAUUCUGUUCAUUGCAUCGGUGUUUCCGGGAAUAGUCUUCACCUUUUCCAAGUCAAUAUUUACUGACUCAUUUGCAAAGCACGAUUUUUAUUUCAGGUUCAACUUGGUAAUGAAAUAUUGUGUAAAGCCAUACACCUAUGGUCAGGGUGCUCCUAAAACCAAAAAUCACGAGUACGAGUUGUGUUUCAAUAUCUUGCGUCUUCUCAACAUCUGCUUCGGUUCCCGUCGGGACGACAUUCUGGAAAUAGUCUCCCAUUUGAGCGUAUGGUUUCUAGCUCCUGACGAGUCACAUUUGCCCUUGGAUUCUUUGAGCAUGGAUCCUUCAACCGUAAGUCUUCCAACACUCUUCGUCAAAAUCAAAGGGAACGACAUUGUGGCUGGAUUUGAAAAGCAAAAUUUCGAUAUCAUAAACGAAUUCUACUGGGAUUGUUAUCGAAUCGAGCUUUUGCGCUACGUGUUGCUCAAACCGCCCAAAAAUAACUACAAGCAUGGGGAAAUUAAUUCCAAGAGAUAUGAGGCUAUUCGAAAUUCAAAUGUGAAAAGGUUGGCCACUUUAACUGCACAAUUUAACGAAAUUAGAAACCAUUUUCACGCCAUCAUCAGAGAUAUCACGUUCAUCGAUACCAAGAACAUCUACGAUAGGGAGGAGGUGGCCAAGCGAGCCACAAACGCCUACCACACUGUUAAUUACAUGCACAACAAAUUCGAAAAAGAUCUCCGGAUGAUCUCCAAGGAUGUUUUCUACAGCUAG